AUGACAAGAACUGCAAGGUAUGAUCUUGAGAAGUUCGAUGGAAGUGGAGACUUCAGUUUAUGGAAGGAAAAGCUUAUGGCAGUUUUGAUUCAUCAAAAUCUGGAUGAAGCCCUUGAAGGAGAAGAGAAGAUGGCAAGAACGUCAAAACCCAAAAAAGGGAGGUUUUACAGAUUUGUGAUGGAUCCUACAAGGAAUCUUGAACAAAAUUUGGAUGAAUUUAACAAGCUUGUGCUAGAUUUAGCAAAUGCACGAGAAACUAUUAGUAAAGAAGACCAAGAAAUUACUUUGUUGUAUAGUCUUCUUGAAGCUUUUAAGGAUCUUCAAACAGUGAUUCAGUUCAGCAGAGAUACUAUUACAAUGGAGGAUGUCUUAGGGGUUUUAAAAACUAAAGACUUCGAACUAUCGCUUAAGAAAGGCAAGAAAGAUGAAGCUUUAAUAGCUCGAGUUUUGAAACUGACACAGAAUCCCAUGACGCAAACCAACCUGCAUUUGCGUCAGUGCCCAACUGUGACAAAUGCCAUGUUGUUAGAGAAUGUAAGGCACAUUCAUCUUCUCAAAAGGAAUCUCAUCUCACUUGGUACUCUUGAAGAUGAAUGUUUGAGUUACAAAUCAAUCAAUGGGUUAUUGAGAGUAUCAAAGGGGUCGUUGAUAGUAAUGAAAGUCAAAGAAGUUGAUGAAGAAACAAAGAAAUGGCAUAGAAGACUUGGCCAUAUAAGUGAGCAACGUCUAGUUGAGUUGGACAAACAAGGGCUGCUUGGUAGUUUGAAACCUGUAACUUUAAAAUUCUGUGAAAUAUGUGUUCUUGGAAAGCAACAUAGGGUGAAAUUUUCAACAAGACAACAUAAAUCAACUAGAAUUUUAGAGUACUUGCAUGUUGAUGUAUGGGGGCUGAGUAGAACACCAACUCGUGAAGGUAACCGAUUCUUUCAUUCUAUUGUUGAUGAUUAUAGUAGAAAGAUAAAAGUUUUGAGAACUGAUAAUGGGUUGGAAUUUAUUAAUGAUGAGUUUGAUGUUUUGUGUGAUGCAUCUGGCAUACUUAGACAUAGGACUGUCAUUAGAACACCUCAACAAAAUGGAGUUGCUGAGCAAAAAGAAAGUCAGUUGUUUGAUGCAGAAAAUGAAGAGAAAAAUCGCAACAAUAUUGGUUUUGAGGUGGAUUUCAUUUAUGUUUCAAACAACAAAACUCAUGCAGAUCAAACUACAGUUCAGCCAUAUCCAACUACAAGUAAAAGUACAGAUACGGAUCAAGGUGGAACACCACAAAUUGAAGGGUAUCAGCUUGUGAGAGACAGAACCAAGAGAAUAAUAAAGCCACCAAAUCGGUUUGCAGAAGCAGAUGUAGUUUCUUACGUGUUAGCAGCAGCCAAGACAGUGUUUUAG